AUGGGUGACAAGGAUAGUUUGGUUGACAUCUGCCUUAGAGUGGGAGGUGCUUUUGUCCCUAAAAGAGUAACCAAAAACAGGCAGCUGCUGUGUUGGUGUGGUGGUUGGUGUUACUGGAAGAGGAAGGUUCAAGUAUCUAAGUUGGAUGUGCAUUUGAUUAGAACAGCUGCAAUUCAUGGUUUUGUUAAUGGUGAUAUGGAUGUGCCUAUGCAUUACAGCUGUUGGUAUAGGCAGAAGGGGAAAACCUUUAACACUGGGAAAAGGGAACUAGUUAACAGUGAAGAGGUUAAGGGCCUUUUGGAGACAGUAAAUGAAGAGGGGUAUGUUGAGGUUUUUGUAACAACAGAAGCUCCUAGUCAGCCCAUACAAGAGGCCCAACCCAAUCCUGCAAAGACAAAAAAAAAGGAUAAGAAGGUAGAAAGUUCAAAUACAUCGACUAUUAGGAGGAGCCCUAGGUUUAAGAAGACAGAAACUGAACAAAGGGAGGAGAGUCCACCUAGGAAAGCCUCAGCUAAUGCUAAAGUGUUGAGGUUUGAUGAAGAAAAGGAUGAUGGAUGUGAAGGAUCUGGUUAUUCAAGUUCAGAUUUGAGUGAUGAGGGACAAGAUUGGGAACCUGGUGAAGAAGAAUUUGAGGUGCAGCUGAAGGAUGACCAGGUGUUGGUUGAUUUGGACAAGGAGACCUGCACAUGUUACCAUUGGGAACUCACUGGCAUUCCAUGUGUUCAUGCUUAUGCCUGCAUAUUGGAUAUGAGGGGUGACAUAGAGGCUGUUGUUGACCCAUACUAUACCAUGGACACAUACAGGUCUGCUUAUGAACCAGCUGUCCAACCAAUGCCUGGCCCAAAGCACUGGGAGAGAGUCAGAAUGAGGGAACCACUACCCCCUUCUGUUAAGGUGCAACCUGGGAGACCAAAGAGCAAAAAAAGGAAGCUUGAGCCAGGAGAAUGUUCUUCUUCAGGUGGUCAGGCAAGUACCAAGAGGAAGAAGCAAUGCAGCAACUGUGGGGGAUAUAGGCAUUAUGCCAAGACUUGCAAAGUACCUGCUGCACCAGCUACAGAGCUGAUAAAGUCAGCAGGCAGACCCCCACUGAACACUCCUUGGAUGGUGGAGGAGAGGAAGAAGAAAGAGAUUAGGGCUGCUAAAAAGAGUGCAAUUGGGGCUGGACCAAACAGCAUAGGAAACAAAAAGUUUCCUCAAGAGCAAGAAGGUUGUCUGCCAUUCAGCAAGCGCCCACAGCCACAGUCUUCCUCAGCUAAGCAUUCCUCAGCUCAGCCAUCCUCUAGUCAGCCAUCCUCAGCUCAGCCUUCCUCAAGUCAGCCUGCCUCAAGCCAACCAAAAAGAAAGACAAGGUCUUCCUCAAGUCAGCCUACAACAGCCACAGGUGUUGUAACAAGGGCCAGGCUGCAAUCCCUCAACAACCUUACUCAGUGAUGUACUCAUGCUGGAUAUCAAACAUUAUGUCUGUUGAACAAUUUCAAACUUUUAUUAUGUACUCAUGACUGGUUAUGUAACUUGCUAGUUUUUUAGUGGCUUCCCUUAACAAAUUUGAACAAUUAGAUAUUGAAUUGUAAUGGUUGCAUGGCUUUGAUUGCCAUUGAAACAUGUUGAAGUAA